CCGGACCGCUGUAAGGGUGUACCAAGCGCUUCCGUGUGAGUGGCAGGUUCCAGGGAUCAAACUUAGACUUGAAGACAAGCGCCUUUAAUCCACUGAGUCGUCUUGCUGGCCCAAAUAUCUCAUAUUUUUUAGUUUCCCUUCUUAAAAAGUUCUAGGAAGUCACCUUUGUGUGACUAUAUGGCCUCGCUGGUGGCAUAUGAUGACUCUGACUCUGAGUCUGAGGCUGACCCUGCCAGAAGUGCGGAUGCUGCAGGGCAGACAGGUGACACCUCUGGUCUGAGCAGACCUUCUGGGAUGGGGUUUGCAUCUAGUGCAGUGGUCGUGACCAAAGAGGGGGCACAGCACACAGGAAACACUCCUGGAACAGAUCUGGGGAAGCAACGCCUGCCACUGGCUCGGCUCUGGAGAAGUGACACUGGGUCUUGUCCCAGCCAGAGGCUACAGUGGCCCUCAAAGGAACCUGAAACCACCUUCCCUACCAGUGACCCUCCUCGGCUUUCUUUGUGGGUGAGCCGAGCUCCAGUCGGCCAUGUGCCCCUAGCAGCUGCCUGUCUUAAGCCACUAGAACCUGCCUGGGAUGCCCUCAGACCUUCUUCUUAUGAUGAAAGCAAAGUUGAAAGCAUCACUGGAAAUGCCAGCUCUUCUCAGAGGAAAAGGGGUGAGGACUGUGUGCUUCCCUAUAUCCCCAAGAGACGAAGGCAGCUGCAAGCGCUGACUCCAGAAGCAGGUGGGGGCAAAGCUGUAGCGCUCCCAGGAUCCCCUGCAGAGUGUGCCCCAGCCCCACUCUGCGUGACUCCCACAGUGUCUGAGUUCAUCCAGCCAUAUUUGAACAGUCAGUACAGAGAGACUACAGUCCCCAAGAAAGUGCUUUUCCACCUUCGAGGCCACAGGGGCCCGGUCAACAGCAUCCAGUGGUGUCCAGUAUUUAGCAGGAGCCACAUGCUUCUCUCUGCUUCCAUGGACAAGACCUUCAAGGUAUGGAAUGCUGUGGACUCGGGGCACUGCCUGCAGACCUACUCUGUGCACAGUGAGGCCGUAAGGGCUGCACGGUGGUCUCCCUGUGGCCGGCGCAUCCUCAGUGGCGGCUUCGACUUUGCCCUGCACCUGACAGACCUCGAAACAGGAACCCAAGUGUUCAGUGGUCAGAGUGACUUCAGAGUCACCACCUUGAAAUUUCAUCCAAAAGACCACAACGUGUUUUUAUGUGGCGGCUUCAGCUCUGAGAUCAAAGCUUGGGACAUGAGGACUGGCAAGGUGGUGAAAGGCUACAAGGCCACUAUCCAGCAGACCCUGGAUAUUCUCUUCCUCCAGGAAGGCUCUGAGUUCCUUAGCAGCACCGACGCAUCCACGCGGGACUCUGCUGACCGGACCAUUAUCGCCUGGGAUUUCCGGACUGCUGCCAAGAUCUCCAACCAGAUCUUCCACGAGAGGUACACGUGCCCCAGCCUCGCCUUGCAUCCGAGAGAGCCUGUGUUCCUGGCACAAACCAAUGGCAACUACCUGGCCCUCUUCUCCUCCGUGUGGCCCUAUCGGAUGAGCAGACGGAGGCGCUAUGAAGGCCACAAGGUGGAAGGCUAUGCGGUGGGCUGUGAGUGCUCCCCGUGUGGGGACCUGCUGGUGACAGGCAGCGCCGAUGGCCGGGUGUUGAUGUUCAGUUUCCGCACUGCCAGCCGGGCGUGCACACUACAAGGGCACACGCAGGCCUGCCUCGGCACCACCUACCAUCCUGUGCUGCCUUCUGUCCUCGGGACCUGCUCCUGGGGAGGAGACAUCAAGAUCUGGCACUAACUGGCAACUGAGACCCUGCCCCGGGUGGGUGACCGGAGGCUAGGCUGCUCCUACUGCCUGUGGAGCCUCAGUGACUGGUCUAUAAAAUAGGGGUGAGAAGCCAUCUCAGCAUGCAAGGGCUGUGCUAGCAAAGGCGUUUUCCAAGUCACUGGUGACACACAGUAAGUGUGUGCUCUGUAGGAUUUGGUUGGUUGAUUGGGUUUUUUGCUUGUUUGUUUGUUUGUUUUGUUUGUUUGUUUCUGGUUUUUCGAGACAGGGUUUUUCUGUAUAGCCCAGGUGGUCCCAGAACUCAGGCUGGCCUCGAACUCAGAGACCCACCUUCCUCUGCCUCCUGAGCGCUGAGACAAAAGGUGUGCGCCACCACGCCUGGUGUGGUUUUUCUUAAUGUGAUUUUGGCAAUGAGCACAUAUUAGCAGUGUCUUCCUGCCUUCUUACUGCAGAUAGGGGAGCGUGAGGUGGGACAGUUGCCUGCUGGUCCUAAGACCGUUAUCCUUCAGACAGUGAGGCUUCGGGGAGUGUGUCUGCACCGGAGCUCAACGUACCACAGCACCCCCCCACCCUGCCCCUGUUAUAUACCAACAACUGUGUUUCUUCCCACCCAUCUCUGGUCUGCUGCCCUGCUGCUUGCCCACUGCCCGGUGGGUGGUCUGUGUUGGCCAAAGCUAUGCAUCUACCCUGAAGGAGUGAGAGGGGCAGGAUCUCAGAAGCACCAACAGAGACUGAGUGAGCUGGAUUUGGAAGUGUGGUGGUUUAAAUAAGAAUGGGCCUUGUGGGCUCACCCAGUUGAACUUGUGGGGAGUGGAACUGCUUGAAAGGAUUAGGAGGAUUAGGUGUGGCCUUGUGGGAGGAAGUGUGUCACUGGAGGUGGACUUUGAGGCUUCCAAAGCUCACGCCAGGUCCAAUGCAUUUCUCUCCACCUUCAGAUCAGGAUGUAGAACUCUCAGCUACUGCUCCAGCACCGUGCUUGGAUGCUGCCAUGCCUCCCACCAUGAUGAUAAUGGACUGAACCUCUGACUGUAAACCAGCCCCAAUUAAAUGCUUUUUAAAAUAAGAA